UGACGACAUCAAAUUGCGCCUGGCUUGGCCUCCGUCUCCGUCUCCAUCUUGUAGUGGCGGCUGCACCGACGCCAAUAUUGACAGGAUGGCGGCUCCGCUGAGCCUCAGCGCCAAGCAGCCCCCGAUCCAGUCCACGGCAGGGGCCGUGCCCGUCCUCAAUGAAAAGGGUGAGGUGUCUAUGGAAAAAGUGAAGGUGAAGCGCUAUGUGUCCGGUAAACGACCAGAUUACGCUCCAAUGGAGUCCUCGGAUGAGGAGGAGGAGGAUUUCCAGUUCAUUAAGAAACCAAAGGAGGCAGAGGUGGAACCUGAAGUGAAAGAAGAGCUGGCGAAUGACCCGCGUCUCAAGCGACUCCAGAACCGACUGACUGAGGACGUUGAGGAAAGGCUGGCUCGGCAUCGGAUGAUCGUUGAGCCAGAGGUGGUGAUGGAGGCAGAGUCUGAGGAGGAGGGCGAGGCAUGGCACGUGGACCGUGAGGACAGCAGUGAGGAGGAGGAGGAGGAAGUGGAUGAUGAGGAAAUCGAGCGUCGCCGUGCUAUGAUGAGGCAGCGGGCCCAGGAGAGAGAGAACGAGGAGCUGGAACUGCUGGAGCUGGAGGACGAAGGGAGGUCUGGGGAAGAGUCUGAGGAGGAGUCGGAGUAUGAGGAAUAUACAGACAGUGAGGAUGAAACCGAACCCCGGCUGAAGCCUGUUUUUAUCAGAAGGAAGGACCGGGUCACUGUGCAGGAGCGAGAGGCCGAAGCCCUGAAACAGAAGGAGCUGGAGCAGGAAGCGAAGCGCCUGAGUGAGGAGCAGCGCAAGUACACCCUGAAGAUUGUGGAGGAGGAGGCCAAGCGGGAGUUUGAGGAGUCGCGGAGGACACUAUCUGCACUCGAUGCACUCAACACUGAUGAUGAGAAUGAUGAAGAGGAGUACGAGUCGUGGAAAGUACGGGAACUUAAACGUAUCAAAAGGGACAGGGAGGAGCGGGAAUCAAUGGAGAAGGAGAAGGCUGAGAUUGACAGGAUGCACAACCUGACUGAGGAGGAGAGGCGAGCAGAGCUUCGGGCCAACAGCAAAUCAAUCACCAACAAGGCCAGCAAAGGAAAGUACAAGUUCCUGCAGAAGUAUUAUCACAGAGGAGCCUUUUUCAUGGAUGAAGAGGAGGAUCUGUAUAAACGGGACUUCAGUUCCCCCACCCUGGAGGACCAUUUCAACAAGACCAUUUUGCCAAAAGUCAUGCAGGUCAAGAACUUUGGCCGUUCAGGACGGACCAAAUACACUCAUCUGGUUGACCAAGAUACCACCUCAUUUGACUCUGCCUGGGCUCAGGAAUCGGCUCAGAAUAGCAAGUUCUUCAAGCAACGAGCAGCUGGCGUGCGGGAUGUUUUUGAAAGGCCUUCAGCCAAGAAGAGGAAAACUACGUAACUGCAUGUGGGAUGUGCUCUGGCCACACGGACUGUGCAUUCUACAUCCAGCACUAGAACCCUGAUGCAACUGUUCCACCUUGUGUCCCACACGCCUAGUAUUGUGCGUGCAGUUUGAGGAGCUUAAAGCUUUAGAGACUAUUGUAGUAUUGUCCAUCCAGUGAACUUGCUGGUUACCCAUAAUUUAAACUUUUUUUUAAAGGAAGCUUAUUUUCUAAAGUGUUUAUAAAUCUGUAAAUCAUGUAUUCUUUUUCCUUUCUGUUAUAUUGCUUGGAUAAAAAUUACAAGUUCACAAGUU